UAUUCUUCCGUUCCACAACUGACAUCCACUGUGCACAACAUGUCAUCCCCUGUGUGGCUUAUCACGGGUGCUUCCAAUGGCUUUGGCCUUGGAAUGUGCCUUCACGUUCUGCGUGCGGGGCACCGUGUUAUCGGCUCUGUCCGCAGUAAGACCAAAGCCGCCACUGCGGUUGAGCAGAUCGAGCGGGCUGGAGGUUCGGUGAUUGAGUUGGACAUGACUGAAUCGCAGGCCAGCAUUGCAAGCAAGAUCCACGCCCUUGGUCGCAUUGACUAUCUGAUCAAUGUUGCUGGCUACUCCAUCCUGGCCGCCUGCGAGGAUAUCACCGACAAAGAAGCAACCCUCCAAAUGUCCACGAACUUCUUCGGCCCCCUAUACACCACUGGUGCCGCCCAGGACCCCUUACCGGCGUGCUCUGUGUAUAGUGCUUCCAAGGCCGCGCUAGAGGCUGCAUCCGAAGCACUUGCUAAAGAGGUUGCCCCUCAUAACAUCCGUGUGCUGAUUGUCGAACCCGGAAAUUUCCGCACCAACUUUGUCGGCGCAUUGGUUGAUGCAAGUCCCGACCCGGCCACGGUCGCUCCCCACUAUGAUGACCCCGUGGGCAUAGUGAUGCGCAAGUUUCUCACUGUCCAUGGAAAGCAGCCCGGCGAUCCACAGAAGGGAGUCGAGCGUAUCUUCGAGGUAGUCACGGGCACUGGGAUGGCCGGUCCCCUGGCGGGCAAGAUCUCUAGACUGGUUCUGGGAAGCGAUGCGUAUGCGAGAAUGCAGAAGAGCUGCGAAAGGUUCGGCAACGAUUUGAGUUUGCAGGAGGAAGUUGCCCUGAGCACCAAUUAUGCCUAA